CUGUUUCUAGAUCUAGGCUUAUAACUUAGAUCUUAAAUCUAGAUUUAGAUCUAAAACUAGAUCUAGAUCUAGCUAGAUCAAUGUCUAGUUUGUAUGACAAAUGACAAUGGAGAUAUUUGUGCAUAUUUCUCACUGGAUAUUAUAAUGAGGAUUUUAUUAUUUAAUUUUUACUUCAUUAGUGCAUUGUGUAUUUCUCACUGUCAUAUUUGAACAAAGUAGCGAUUAGAGGAAAACAUGUUUUUGCGAAUCUUUCUGGCCGUCAGCCUAAUGCAGUAUGUCAGACCUCAAUGCACCUAUUCCAACUGGGGGACCAGCUUUGAUAAGAAAGGACAAUCCAAAUGUAAUGAGAUUAACGCUUACAUCAAUGGACUGGACAGAAAUGUUGUUUCCAACUGGGGGGACGAUCCCCUGACUUUCUUAGAAGGUGCUGUAUGUUGUCAACCCCCCUCUCCAUCGAAUAACGUGGAACAGCAGGUAGUCUACGAUGACUGGACUCCUGCACUAGACAAAGAUUACUCGUGGGCUUUUUGUCGUGUGGGCUACUUCCUUCAAGGCUUGUACAGGUCAGAUACUGGAUGGCCACAUUUCAAAGGCUAUCUUUUCAACCUCGAGCACGCAAGAUGCACCAAACCUGCCAACCUUCCAUUGAAUUAUGGAACAUGUCAAGAUGUUGAUAUAAGUAGCUGUAUGAGUCGACAGGGUAAAUGUUCAUGUCCAGGUGGAUAUUUUAUGACCGGACUGUACCGAGCUGAUGGAGAUGACCUUUACUUUUUGAAAAAAAUUCGAUGCUGUACAUUACCAGCAAAAGAGUUAGUCAUGGACGAGAAGAGUAAAAUACAGACACGCAUCAUGGACACGACAUUGUGGAAUAUGGCUACCUUAGCACAUUACUUGGGUUAUGGCUGGUGCUAUGGCUGCCACGGGAUGGCUGUUGGUGAAGAUUUUAACAGAAAUGGGGACACAUGGGCAGCUGAUACACGCUCGUUCUGGGGCACAUCAUGUGAUGGUGAUAAAAGUGGCGAAAGACUCAACUUGGUUUUCGGAGAUUGGGGAUUUGCUGUCAAGGAAAUUAUUUAUGGAAAAAGUGUCAUAGAAGAUCUUCAAGCAGAAAGUGUAGACUCUGGAGUUAUUUACAAUCGCGCGUCUUCCACUGUGACGGAAUCUAUAGAAAGAUCGAAGACAAUCCAAGAAACUAUCACUCAUUCUACCACAAGUUCUUUUACCAACAGUCACGAACUUGGUGUAGAACUUGACUUUGAGAUUGCGUCAGUCAAGGGGAAGGUUUCUUAUAAGACUACAUUCGAAUAUUCAACUUCAACUACGAAUGAAAAGAGUGUCUCUGAAACUCAAGGCUUUACUAAACAAUCUUCAAUCACGCUUGGACCAAUGGAAGGUGCUAAAUACGAGGUAAUCAUGAGCAAAAGUAGAACAACUGUACCGUACACUGCAAUCAUUACGACCAAGUUUUCUACAGAGAUGAGAGGAUUCUUGCGCUGGGAAGACGGUAAUGGUAACUUCCAUCAACAACAUAGAACUAACAGCGGCAGACCCUCCUACAAUUAUCGCUUUGGAAACGCCAACAUCCCUUUUUAUAAAGAUCUUAAGAAACAAAGUGAUAGCAACGAAGGAGUCUGGAUGUGGGGAAUGUUAUUUCAGAAGUUUCCAGAUGCACAUCGAGUCAUCAACAGACUUACUGAUGAGACUCAAUAUCAAUUUACUUUAACUGGAAAACUGGAAAAAGUUGAAGGUACAAGUAUUAAUGUGAAGUGGCAAAAAGUUAAACUAAAUCGCCGUGAUAUCUCUAAUGAUAAGGUUUCUGCAAGAAACAUUACAACUUACAUUGCUAAAUCGGGUCCUGCUGAUAAACCAGCCGUGGUUGAGUACCCCAAGGUUAAUUUAAAUAACCAGGAAUCAUUUAAACCUGUUCAGAUUCCUGUCAAGAAGUGAAAGUUUAGAACUCUAUAUAUUAUGAAUCUGUAUUGUAUUAUUAUGUUUUCUUAGCAAUAAUAAUUAUCGAAUAAAAUUGGUUACCUCGCAAACUAGUCUAAAACACUAUAUAUCUAGAUUUACUUUUUUAGUGAUG